CGACAACCCACAACAUUAUCCUAGUCAUACAUGCUCUAUGCGAUUAUUUAUGUCCUCUCAAGGUCACUAACUCCCGCCAAUUUCUCCAAAUACACAACCACCGCCAAAACAUGUCCCUCCCUACAACCCCCCAAACCUGGACGCGGGGCCCCUUCCUCAUCUCCACAGACUCCCAGCUCCUCUCUCUCGCAUCCAUAAACGAUGCCUUCGAUCAAGACUUCAUGUACUGGACCAAGCCCUAUCCAGAGGAAAUUCUCCAAACCAUAAUCAACAACUCCUUUUGUUUCGGCCUGUACGAGGUCAACGAAUCCAAGCCCCGCCAACAAAUCGGAUUCGCUCGCCUCAUCACUGACAGAACGACAUUCGCAUAUUUAUCGGAUCUUUACGUCUUGCCGAAGUAUUGGGGCCUCGGACUGGGGGGGUGGGUUAUUGAUUGUGUGGAUGAGGUGUUGGUUGAUUUGCCACAUCUGCGGUGGACUAUGUUGAGGACGGGCACGGAAAGAAGUAAACAGGCUUAUGAGAAGAGGAUGGGGAUGACUGUGCUUGGUAUGAAGGAUAUUAGCGAGGGACCGAUUAUGAUGGGGAGGAGGGGAAAGGGGGUGGGGGCUUGAUGGGGUUCGCUUGGUUCUGUAUAGGUAUGGAAGAGGGGUUUGACAGAAUAUCCACUCCACUCAUUCUUUGUUGGAAUACUAAUGCUUUGGAUGAGGAUUUUCUGCCAGUGCCACCCAUCUAUAUCAUCAUCUUCAAAUUUGUCCGAUUUCCCCGAUUUCCCCAAUUUCCCCAAUUUCCCCAACUUCUGACAUUGGAGAAUCUAUUCAGUCCCAGCAAAUCAACUAUCAGCAGUA